UAAUUUUAUGUAAUACACAUUACUGAUCAGAGAGAGGAUCAGAAAUGGCGAUUUCGUGUUCCUUCUUCUUGUUUAUGGUUUUCACGAUGAUGGACCACCACGUAGGAGGUCAUGAAAAUGUGUGUGAAGAAUUACGUUGUGGAGGCAAAGGCCCAGCCAUCCGAUUUCAUUUCCGGCUUAGCCACACGAGACAACCUGACCACUGUAGCUUUCCUGGGUUUACUCUUUCCUGCACAGAUUCAAACCAAACACUGCUCGAACUGCCCAUUUCAGUGAAGCUCUUUGUCAAGAAGAUUAACUAUAAAACGCAGGUUAUUCAACUUUUUGACCCAAAUCACUGCUUCCCAAGAGAUCAGCUUAGUAGACUCAAUCUAUCUUCUUCGCCUUUCCAAUUCCUAUUCGACGAACAAUAUUACUACUACCCUCGUGGCUAUGGCUUAUUCAAUUGUUCCCAAAGUACAAAUCAGAGCAAUGACAUGAUCCGCAGGAUCUCUUGUCUGAGUGACCCUACCCACCAAGUUUACGCCUUGAAAUUCGGUUAUGAUCAAUCGUUAAUGGAGUUGCCCAUAUCGUCUUGUACAAAGAUGUAUAAUAUUCCGUAUAUUGCUGAAGGUGCAGUGACGGGCGACGCUAACAUUCUUCACUUGAACUGGUCCAGUCCAGACUGCAGGCAUUGUGAACGGAGAAGCAAGAAUUGUAGAAUUUUGAAGAAUAAUAAUAGCACUGGCGAAUCAAAAACUGAGUGCUUCCCCAGACAAAGAAAUCAUGCCAAAGGUAGCACAUCGACAAAAUUAGUGAUUGUUGGUGCCAUUUUAGGUUCAUUUUUGUUGGUAUUGUUGGUCUUUGCAAUCUACCGUGUCUAUAGGUAUGAUAAAGUUGAGAAAGAAAAUCAAGCAAAGAUCGAAAUGUUUUUGGAAGAUUAUAGAAACUUAAAGCCCUCAAGAUACACGUAUUCUGAUAUUAGAAGGAUUACAAAUGAAUUUGCUGAUAAGUUAGGCCAAGGAGCUUAUGGAACAGUGUUCAAAGGAAAGCUUUCCAACGAAAUCUAUGUUGCGGUGAAGAUUCUGAACACUUCCAAAGGAAAAGGGGAGGAAUUCUUAAAUGAAGUGGGAACAAUGGGUACGAUCCACCAUGUCAAUGUUGUUCGCUUGGUUGGUUUUUGUGCCGAUGGAUUUAGAAGAGCCUUAGUGUAUGAAUUUUUAUCAAAUAACUCUCUAGACAAGUUCAUAUCUUCGGCAGAUGUUAAGAAUCAAUUUCUUGGUUGGGACAAGCUACAAGACAUUGCCAUUGGAAUUGCAAAAGGAAUUGAGUAUCUUCACCAAGGGUGCGACCAACGAAUACUUCAUUUUGACAUCAAACCUCAUAAUAUUUUGCUAGACCAUAACUUCAAUCCAAAAAUUUCUGAUUUUGGUCUUGCUAAGUUGUGCUCUAAAGACCAAAGUGCAGUAUCCAUGACCACGGCCAGAGGAACCAUGGGUUACAUUGCACCAGAAGUGUUCUCUAGGAAUUUUGGAAAUGUGACUUACAAAGUUGAUGUUUAUAGUUUCGGAAUGCUGUUGCUAGAAAUGGUCGGAGGCAGGAAAAAUACAGAGGUCACAACAGAGAAUAUUAGCCAAGUCUAUUUUCCAGAAUGGAUCUAUAAUUGUUUAGAGCAAAAAGAAGACUUUCGAGUCUUUGUUGAAGAUGAUGGAGAUGCUCAGAUUGCAAAGAAACUCGCAAUUGUAGGGCUGUGGUGCAUCCAAUGGAACCCAAUGAAUCGUCCCUCAAUGAAAGUUGCAGUUCAAAUGUUGGAAGGAGGGGGCAAUUUGACCAUGCCUCCUAAUCCCUUUGCCUCCACAACUACUACAAGAACCAAUGCAAGGACACCGGCAAUGGAUUUUCGUCAAGAGUUACAAGUCAUACCAGAAUCAGAAUAAAGACAAGUGAAUGUAGAAUUUGCUAUAAAGAUGUUGCAAUCCUUUUACACUUUAGCAUUAGUAUAACUGAUAAUGGAUUCAAUUCUGUUGGAUUUGAAUUGUUUCUUAUAUCAAAAUAUGAGCAGGGUCAGUUUUUUAUUU